CAACAACAUUUGAUAGAAAAUGGCGGGUUGUUUGUUAUUGUCAUAGAGUAAUUUACGGUUUUAUUUAGUAUAUAGCAUUAGCAAGCAGAAUGUCUAGUCUGCUAGAAAAUUGUCGAAACUAUUUCGACACAGAUAACCUGUACAAAAUUCUGAAGGUUGAAAAGACUGCAACAGAGAAAGAAUUAAAGAAAGGCUACCAUCGUCAGUCAUUGGCCGUUCACCCUGACCGUGUAGGAAAAGAUAAGAAAGAUGAAGCUACCCAGAAAUUUCAGACUUUGGGGAGAGUUUAUAAUUUAUUACAAGAUAAAACACGUAGAGAAAUAUAUGAUGAAACAGGUGAUAUAGAUGAAGAGAACGAUGUAACACAAGAUAGAGAUUGGUACGAUUAUUGGAGACUAUUGUUUCAUCAAAUUACAAUGACAGAUAUCAAGAAUUAUAAAGAAAAAUAUCAAGGAUCAGAAGAAGAGUUAAAAGAUUUAAAGGAAGCGUAUAUAGAUGCUGAGGGUGAUAUGGAUGUUAUUAUUGAUAGUGUUUUAUGUGCUACUGUAGAUGAUGAACAAAGAUUUAGGGAUAUUUUAGCUGAUCUUAUCAAAAAGAAAGAAAUUCCCAAAUUUAAAGCUUUUACAAACGAGAAAAAAUCAAAGAAAAAUGCAAGAAAACAGAAGGCCGAUGAAGAAGCCAAAGAAGCCGAGGCUCAUGCAAAGAAGUUAGGAAUCAGUGAUGAGCAUAGUUUAACAGCUUUAAUUCGAAAACGUCAGGAUUCACGACAAGCUGCUUCAAAUGACUUUUUUGCUCAGUUAGAGGCCAAAUACGCGGAACCUGCCAAGAAAAAAUCUAAAGGUGACGGAAAGAAAAAAAAGAAGUAAAUAAAAUGAUGUUAAGGAGUUUGUGUUGAUUCAAGGGGAGAUAACUGGACAACUGAAAAUAAUUUCAUUUGAAGUGUUUGUUUGUUUGUUCUUCUAAGCUAGACGUGUUGGAUUAAGUCCAGCUGGAAUAUACAGGUGACAAUUCUAUGGAAUACAAUAACUGCUUAUUACUGAGUGAUGUUUCGACUAGUCUUCAUCAAGCUGAGCGGCCUAGUCGAAACGUCCGUCCGUAAUAAGCAGUAAUUAUAUUCCAUAGAAUUUUGACCUGUGUAUUUCACAUUCAAUUCCUAAUUUCCAUUGAAAAAAUAUGUUGAAUUUACAUCAUCUGAUGUAUUAUUUCCCUUGGUGAUGAUACAGUGAACUUUAUACCAAUUUUACGUUGUUUUGGAUUAAACUAUGUAAGCUUAUGCUUUUAUAUCUGUCGAGCUUCGUAUGAAGUAUAUCUUUCAAACUUGUAUCAUCUACACAGUGGUCAAGAAUUUGCUUGCUGGUAUUAGAUCUUCAACCCGGUGAUAUACAUGUAGCUAUUGAUACCAUGCUGGAUUGUUAAUUUUACCUGUAUUUGAAAAAAUUAAAUGAAAACAAAAUCAAGAACAAAGAAAGAAGUCAACUAUAACACAUACUUAUGGAAAAAGAGUACCGAAUUAUAUAGGCGACGGGGGAUUGGGUGGCUGAAUGGUUAGCACGUGCGCGCUGUACCAUAAAGUCUGUCAUUGAGUCAACUGGCGUGGUUUCGAAUCCCCGGUUGUACGUGGCAAGACCCCUACGCGCAAGCGAAUUAUUGAAAUAAAAUUAAACCAUGUGUUGGUCCCGAAAUGACCUAGUUUGUGUCAAGUGGACGUUAAACCCCAUUUCUCUCUCUCUAUUUAGGCGACAUUUUGCGAAGAGUAUUUUCUCUAAGUUUUCAAGCUAAUACAAUAUGACCAGUCAUUGUUUUUUAAGGCGAGCAAUCACUCUCAAAUACCUGCCGCUCACCUGAAUGUUGACCGAGGCGAGCUUUUUAUCCCUCACCUUAAAAUUGAAAAUCGCUCUCCUUUACAAAGUCCGGUGGGCAGGGGGUAAUAUCAUUUAUGAAUCCAGGAAUGACCCCCUAACAUGCAGUUAUCAUUCUUCAAAACCAUUUCCCAUACACACAACUAAUCACUCUCCAUCUCCUUGAUAUCAGAUCACUCUCGUUAAAUUCAAAAUCACUCUUCUUAUCAAAACUGGGAGAGCUUUUUUAGGGGAGCGAUUUUUCAAUUUGUUGAUUAAGGGAAGCUUUUUUCUGCUCUCCUCUAAAAUAUAAACAACAACGACUGAUAUAACAAAAUUUGAAGCAACAUAUAUAGACAAAACUACAACAACAAAGCUGAAACUAUACACAGCAUUUUUCCGGCGUGGUUCCCCCUUGUCAGUGAUGCAGGACGGAGGGCCAGUCAAGGACAGCUGUCUAGUCCUUCGGAUGAUACGAAAAACCAAGGUCCCGUGUCCACAUUGGAAUGCACGUAAAAGAUCCCUUGGCAGUUGGAAUUUGAUAUAAGAGUAGGCGAUAGUGCCGCUGCCCGGGCAAACUUUCCCUCACACUGUAUGGCGUAUGCCCGUCUUCAUUAGCCCAGCAUAGGAGCAGAACAGUAGGACGUUAAACCCCAUUUCAUUUCAUUUAUACAUGGCAUAUAUGUUGCUUGAAAUUUUGUUCUGUUGUAUUACUAAAUUAGCUUGAUGACGUUGAGAAGGAAUAAAUCAGUAUGUGUUAUAGUUUAUUUAUCUACCCAGUUACUAAAUGCCACUUAAAAAAUAAAAGAACGAAAUAAAGUAGGAGUAUGAUAACCAAGAGAUUGGUUGGUACUUUCUAUAUGUAUUUAUUUAUGAAUAGUCCCAAGACAGACAAAAAUACUUUAAAAUGUUAUUAAACCAGCAUUGAAAUAGUCCCAAGACAGAAGAAAAAUACUUUAAAAUGUUAUUAAACCAGCAUUGAAAUAAUCCCAAGACAGACGAAAAAUACUUUAAAAUGUUAUUAAACCAGCAUUGAAAUCAGUUUGUGUCAGAAUAGCUUUUAACUUUUUCAUCAUUUACAGUGAAACAAAGUAAUGCAGCUUUGCGGUUGUGCUAAUUAUUUGUGCUGAUAUAUAUAUGUCCAGUUCUACAUUUGUGCAUUCAGCUAAGUGAUCAAUAGGAAAAUUUAUUUUGUGUAAAUGUUGCAAAAGUUGUAAUAAAAUGUUGAAUUUUA